AGUCAGGUGUCCCAAUACUUUUUUCCAUAUAGCAUAACUUACACCUUCAUUUAUUUUUUCUUUCCAAAUACUGAUUGAUUGCAAGUAAAAAUUUUGCGAGAUGUUCAGAGAAGAAAGAGGCAGCGCCAUCUGCAUUAGACUCCCAUAGAAUAGAAUAGAAUAAAAUAAAAUAGAAUAGAAUAAAAUAGAUUGACCACAUUUGUUUAAUUGUUUCUCAGUUAUUGCCACAAUUUUGAUAUAAAUGUAGGUUAUAAUUGUCCUAAUUUUAUCAUAUUGAUUUCCUUUCCAACUUACAAAAAUGGGCAUUUUCAAAUACUAUUCCUAAACGGCUGAAAUUUCUCGCCAUUGCUUUGCUCCAACAUUUCCUUCUUAGACACUUUAGGUGAAAUGAACAAGUCUGAAGAAAUCGUCUUUAAUGUAACAAAAACGUUGAUCUCGAAUAUCAGCCAGGCAGCAAAGCCCAUAUAUGAAUUGAUCUGUCUAAGCUUUCAGCUCCUCCGGUUCAGCUUGUAUCCCAUGACUGAUCCCCAGAGCCACUAGAACUGCAGUGCUGUCUCCCAGUUAUAAAGUGACCCUAUUGUCAAAUGUGUGCAUAAAACCUAUUUAGAUGCUGUGGAAAGAGUAUGCUUAUGAGUGUGCUUAUCAUAAGCCAUUACCCAGGAUCUCAUGCCAGUCACUCAGUAGAGGAUACUGAUACUACCAGGCACGCCCUGUUGGCAGCAGCUUCACAGUAGCAUUAGCGUUAGCAUUAGAUUAAUCAAGUUCAGCAAGGUUACUGAGUGGAAUUUUGGCAUGUCCUGCCUGAUGCUAAUGAUUUCUGUAAGUGGUUGGGAUUUGAGAUUGUCAGAGGCGUCACACUUUUUUGGGAAGAGGUGCAUUUGUAUUUGCCCGUUGUAAGUAAGAUCAGGUGGUUGAUAUUAAUACUUUAUUGACAGUCAUGCUAGUUUUUCUGAGCAACAUGUUACACAACAUGACAGACUCCUAGUCUAUAUUAAGUUGGCUUGGACAGUAAAACUGUAGACAGUGAUUAGCUCACAGCAACUACUCAGACGAAUAUAAGUGGUGAAUACACACCUCUUAUUAUCCUUCAAGACUCCACCGAGGAAAAUAUGAUACCUCGAGGAAAUGGCUGAGAUUGCAUUAUAAAGGCCAGCACUAAGUUUCUCCACACUUUCCGGGUGCUAGAUCUAUCUAAGUGCUGCGGCAACGAGCGAAACUUACGUCUGCUUGCCAGGGGAUAGGAUUUCAUCUCUGUGCCUCGCAGAUGUUUGCCUGCGUCCCAGGAGAAAUGGGAGCAGCAAAGGGGCAAAAAAUAUGACAGUACCCAUCGAGUCUAUCUCCAAGAGACAAGAGUAAGGAGGAAAGGAGAGCGAGAGAGAAAGAGAUAGAGGGGGGAACCAGGAGGAUCUAGUAAUGGCUGCUUCUGUGGGCUCUUAAAGGAGCUCUCGAGCCCUCCCCUGACGCCCCUCGAAAACAGGAAGAGGAAGACGGUGCUGAGAGCUCCCGCGUCUCAGUCUCCGGCUCAGGAUGGAUCCCUUGUGGUGCCCUCGCUGCACGUCAUUGAGCUUCCCGAGCACUUUCAUCCGCCCGUCUCAUCCCGAGGCAGACCUAGGCUUCUGGAGCACAGAGCGAGAGCAGAGCACAUGAGGUCUAAGAGAAGCUGAGUGAAAAGUUGACCAUAACGCCAUUUCAGAAUGGAGGAUUGAAAGAUAGGGAGAAGUGUGAUGGUGAGACUUACAAUCACUAGGGUGGAGUAAGGACGAAACAUGGUGUAGCCGAGUUAAUUAGUCAGUCAUCGAAGAGUUUAGCAAGGUGAGCCGAGGGCCGAGGCAGCAUGGACUGGAAGCUCUGUCAUGUGGGGAGAUGGAACUUCAUCAACCUGCUGUGGCUUUGAGUUCCUCUGGAGCUGCUGGGGAGGCCAGAACCGACUAAACAGGAGGGUACAGCCAGAGACAGGUAGACCGGAGGCUUUCCCUCACCCACAGAGAUUGCAGGCCGAAAGCACUCGCCUGGGGCCCAACCCCAACUUUUCUCAGAAAUGUGGAACGGGAACUGGAACCUUACCUCAACUCGACCCACCGGUUAAACAGGUGGUGGUGACCAAUGGCAAACUUCCCCACCAAUCUGAUGGCACCUUACCCAACAUUGUCAAACAGUUGGUGCAGAAUGUUCAACAGAGUCAGGAGGAGCGAGAGCGGCCACGGCCGCAGUUCCCAGCUCGGUUCGGUUCCUCUGUGGACAACAUCUCCGAAUCUCUAACCAGAAGCAUCAUUAACAAGUUUGAGAAGAUCAGGACUUACGAGGGACAGCGGCUUCCAAUGUCACCGACAGCUGCGCUGAAGCACUUUCAGAGCCAGCUCACAGAAUAUGAGCAGGAGGAGAUUAUGGACUACACUGAGAUCUGGUACCUGGGCUUAGACACUAAGAAGAUCCAGGGCUGUCAGGGAUCAGCACAGAAUUCAGGCUACGAUGACGAACAUGGUAGUUACCUAAAGGUUCUUCAUGACCAUAUCGCAUACCGCUACGAGGUCCUGGAAGUAAUUGGGAAGGGAUCUUUUGGACAGGUCCUCAAAUGUCUCGAUCAUAAGACCAAUGAGAUGGUGGCUAUCAAGAUCAUUCGCAACAAGAAAAGAUUUCACCAACAGGCACUUGUUGAGCUGAAGAUCCUGGACGCACUGCGGCGGAGAGACAGAGACAACUGCCACAACGUGAUCCAUAUGAAGGAGUAUUUUUACUUCCGCAACCACCUCUGCAUCUCCUUUGAGCUUCUGGGAGCAAACCUGUACGAACUGAUCAAGAAGAACAACUUCCAGGGCUUCAGUCUCGUACUGAUCCGACGCUUCGCACACUCUUUGCUCAAGUGCCUGCAGAUGCUCCACAGGGAGAAGAUCAUCCACUGCGACCUUAAACCGGAGAACAUUUUGCUAUCCCAGCGAGGACAAGGAAAUAUCAAGGUGGUGGACUUUGGAUCAAGCUGCUAUGAGCAACAGAGAGUGUACACUUACAUCCAGAGUCGCUUCUACCGCUCUCCGGAGGUGAUCCUGGGCCACCCGUACAGCAUGGCCAUAGACAUGUGGAGCCUGGGCUGCAUCCUGGCUGAGCUUUACACAGGAUACCCUCUUUUCCCUGGGGAGAGCGAAGUCGAGCAGAUCGCCUGCAUAAUGGAGGUGAUGGGUUUACCUCCGACCGAAUUCAUCCAGACUGCAUCCAGGAGGAGGUUAUUUUUUGAUUCGAAAGGAAAUCCACGAAAUGUCACGAACAGCAAGGGGAAAAAACGCAGACCCAGCUCUAAGGACCUUGGCAGUGUACUGAAGACUAACGACCAUCUGUUUUUAGACUUUAUUAGACGCUGCUUUGAGUGGGACCCCGUAAAGCGCAUGACUCCGGAUGAGGGUAUGCAGCACGAGUGGAUCCACGAGGGCCGUCUUAACAGGCUCCGCCCUAAAACGAGAACAAUCAGGAAACCUGGGGAGAACAAUGCCAACUAUGAGUUCAGCUACCGCAGGACAACCUUGAACAAGCUCGCAGAAAAGUCCGGCGGAGAAGACAGACUCCUGAGAAGAGAAACCUCAGCGAAAGGAGGUAAAAGAGAGACCGCAGAGCGUCUGCGGCCAAUAGGGGCUUCAGCGGAGGAAGAAACCAGCGAGGGAGUCGGCAACACUGCGGACAGCAAAGACAGCGGAGACAGCAAACCAGAGAGCCAUCCACCGGCCAGCUCGGAGAGAAAAUCGGGCAGCGGUGAGCGCUCCGUCGAAAUCAUCAUCCAACAUCAGUCUCAGUCGGCAUCGAGCACAGACUCGGAGGAUCAGGAGCCUCACAUUUUACCACCUAUCCUUUAACUUUAUUAUUUUCAGAGAAUUCAGAAGUUUGGUCAGUAAUACCAUGCGCAGAAGGUGUGCUAAGAGCACUGGUAUAAAUAUUAGAGACCUAGAUAGGUAACAGCUAUCCGCUUGGAUAGAUUUUUUUUCCCUGAGUAAAGACAUCUUUUUUGAAGAUGUAUGACAGAAUCAAAAGUACUAAUGGUAUAUUUUCUGUCUUUUAAAUUUGAUAAGUUUCCCAGCUGAAGGCUAGUUUGUAAUGAAAGAUAAUUAAAAGUAUAUAAACAUAUAUUACAUUUAAAAAAAAAUCAAUAUAUGAAUAUAAACACUUUCCACUCACUUCGUAUGUAAUGCUGAACAUGUAAUGACAAGUAGGUUACAGUUUGCUAGCUAGCUAGUGAUUAAUAUAUAUAUAUAUAUAUAUAUAUAUAUAUAUAUAUAUAUA